AUGCUGCACCGUCGCAGUCGCGCCACUUCGGUCCGGGACAACCCCAGGCACGCGCCCAAUCAUGCGGCCGCUAAUGGCGAUCCACCCGCGUCCGCUCCUCCUUUUAUAAAAUUCUUGUUGCCAUCCUCUGGCAUUCCCACUGCCAUCCCAAUUCUCCUCGAGUCUCACAAGAUGAAUUCGACCCUCGCCUCCUUGACGGGGCCGAGUGAUUACUGGAGCCAGUUCGACGAGAUCUCCAAAUAUAAUGUCCAUUUCAACCUGGCAGAAAAGCUCUGGGCUGCUUGGUACGCCUAUAUGCAGAACGACGUUCUGGCCACCGGCAUCCUGUCGUUUGGCAUGCACGAAUUAGUCUACUUCGGCCGGUCUCUGCCCUGGAUCAUCAUUGACGCCCUGGGCCUUUUCCGGAAUUACAAGAUCCAGAGCAACAAAAUCCCUACCGCCAAAGAACAAUGGAACUGCGCCAAACUCGUCCUUCUUAGUCAUUUCACCGUGGAACUACCGCAAAUCUGGCUCUUUCACCCCAUGGCCCAGUACUUUGGACUCGCCACAACCGCUCCUUUCCCAUCCCUGUCCACCAUGGCCUACCAGAUCGCCGUCUUCUUUGUCCUAGAAGAUACCUGGCACUAUUUCUCUCACCGAGCUCUUCACUGGGGACCGCUAUACAAGGGAAUCCAUAAAAUCCACCACCAGUAUUCUGCUCCCUUCGGUCUGGCCGCUGAAUAUGCUUCUCCCAUUGAGGUCAUGUUACUCGGUUUUGGCACUGUUAGCAGCCCCAUCCUCUGGUGUGCCAUCACCGGAGAUUUGCACAUUAUGACCAUGUAUCUCUGGAUCCUUUUCCGCCUGUUCCAAGCCAUCGACGCCCACAGCGGCUAUGAGUUUCCAUGGAGCCUUCACCAUUUCCUUCCAUUCUGGGCCGGUGCCGAGCACCACGAUGUUCACCAUGAGAAAUUCGUUGGCAACUAUGCAAGCAGCUUCCGCUGGUGGGACUACCUUCUGGACACCGAGUACAGCGCUGAAUCGGUGAAGCGCUGGCGCGAGAAGAAGCUCGCCAAGAAGGCGAACUAG